AUCUCAACAAUACCAAAAUCUGAAACAAUCCUGAUUGAAGGCGAUCUCAAUGGCCACGUUGGAAAGAAAACAGAUGGGUUUGACUGCCUACAUGGCGGUUUUGGCUAUGGAGAACUGAAUGAAGAUGGCAACCGCAUCCUUGAGUUUGAAAGUCACGAGUUUUGUUUACUAAGCAUAUAUUUUAGAAUUAGAAAGAGGUUAGAACAUCUCAUAACAUACAAAAGUGGACAUCAGCCACGAAAAUUGAUUUCUUUGCAGUCAAGUAACAACACCGAAGGCUAUUCAAAAAAGUCAAAGUUAUACCUGGCGAAUCAUGUGUCACCCAACAUAAACUUCUUGUGGCAGACCUGGUUGUAG